AUGCUUUUUUAUAAGAUUGCAUAGAAGAGAUAUGAAAUGUUGAUUCGAUAUAUUUAUAAAUAAAAAUACUUUAAGAUUUCAGAUUUCAGAUUUCAGAUUUCAUAUUAAAAAUUGCAAUUUAAAUAUAGAUGUGAAAGUUAAUAAAAGAAUUAUAAAUUGCAUUUAUAAAAAAGUUUAGAAUGCAUAUUAUCUUAAUUUAUAAUAUCCUUAGAAAUAAAUUAGGAAACGAAAAUUUGGCUAUUUAUUUAAAGAAGUACUAAGAAAUAGAUGAAAAAUGAAUAAGUUUGUUAUGAAUAGUUGAGAAAGAAGAGAUAGGAGUUAUAGAUGAAUUAAGAAAUAAAAUAAAUUAAUAUUAAUGUACCCAAAAUUAAGCCGAAUCCUUCAUUCUUAGGGUAAUAUGCCUACAAGCUCGACCUAGUCUCCAACUUAAAAUAUAAAUUAUAAUGAU